AUGAAAGCUGAGGAAUGGUUAAGAACAGUGGAAGGUAUUGUUGAGUACAUGCGGCUCGGUAACGGAGAUAGUGUAGCUUGUGCUGCUAGUUUAUUGAAAAAGGAUGCCCGCAUCUGGUGGGAUGUUAUUAAACAAACACGGGAUGUGGCCACAAUGACCUGGGCUGACUUUGUACAAGUUUUUAACAAAAAAUACUACAGUGAAGCAAUACGCUCAGCUAGAGUUAAUGAGUUCACGAACCUGAGCCAGGGUAAGUCUAUAGUUACAGAGUAUGCUCGCCAAUUUGACAGAUUAGCAAAGUUUUCCACAGAUCUGGUUCCUACUGAGUUUCUGAGGAUUCAUCAUUUUACUGAAGGGCUCGACUCCCGAAUAAGUCGGGACAUAGCGAUGUCAGGAGUAAGGGCAACCACGUAUGCUGAGGUACUGGAAAAAGCCCUAGAAGUUGAGUUGUGUGAAAGUCGUAUACAGAAAGACAAUAUAGCAAGGUGGGAGGCCAGAAAGGCCAGUAAUGGAGGUGGUGAUAACAAAAGGAAACUGCCAAGUAACCAACACAACGAAGCCGACAAGAGAAACAAGAUAGGGUCCAAUAACUACAAAGGGAAGAAGCCAUAUGUGGAGUACCCCCUAUGCCCAACAUGUGGUCGUAAGCAUCCGGGAGAAUGUCGACUGAAAGGCAAGACUUGUUACAAGUGUGGGAAACCAGGCCACUAUAAGAAGGACUGUCCGCAAAAGGGUGAUCAACUCAAGGAUGACAAACUUGUCCCAGCUCGAGUAUUUGCACUAACCAGAGGGGAGGCUGAGACUAGUAACACUGUGGUUGCAGGUCAGAUUUCUAUCUCUGGAAAACUAUGUACUGUUUUAUUUGAUUCUGGAGCUACGCACUCAUUUAUUGCUUUAAAGAUGAUAGAUAAGUUAGAACUACCGUAUGUAAACUUUAGUUAUAAGUUCAUGACGGAGUUGCCCUCGGGCGAGGUUAUGAUAUCAUCUAGAGGAGUGCGGGAUGCGCCAAUAUGGAUUGCAGACAAGGAACUUAGUGGAGAUCUGAUAGAGUUGGAGAUGAGGGAUUACGAUCUUAUCUUGGGUAUGGAUUGGCUAUCACGACAUGGAGCAACAAUAGACUGCCGAAAGAGGACAGUGACUUUCACCCCUGAAUGUGGAGAGGUAUUCAUAUUUGAAGGAAUCAAAGUCAAGUCAAGCUUACCGCUAGUUACAGCCCUGAAGGCACAAAGGAUGAUACGUGCGGGAUGUCAAGCAUACUUGGCCAGCAUAGUAGACAAGUCAAGAGAAACCACCCUCAAGCCAGAGAAUGUCCACAUAGUAUGUGAAUUCCAAGAAGUUUUUCCGGAAGACCUACCAGGGCUACCCCAAGAUAGAGAGAUAGAAUUUGUGAUUGAGUUAGCGCCAGGCACAACACCAAUCUCGAGGGCUCCAUACCGCAUGGCUCCCAAUGAAUUGAAGGAAUUGAAGGCUCAACUACAAGAUCUUUUAGACAAGGGGUUCAUUAGACCAAGUUACUCACCUUGGGCCUUCAUGGAUUUAAUGAAUAGAGUAUUCAAGGAAUAUCUUGACAAGUUUGUGGUGGUAUUCAUUGAUGACAUACUCAUUUAUUCAAGGACAAUGGAAGAGCACGAGGAGCACUUAAGGCUAACUCUAAGUAGACUCAAAGAGCACCAAUUGUACGCCAAAUUCAAAAAGUGUGAGUUCUGGUUGGAGAAAGUGGCGUUUCUAGGCCAUAUAGUGUCCAAAGAUGGGGUAGAGGUGGACCCUGUGAAAAUUGAAGCAGUGAAGAGCUGGCCAAAACCAAAAACUGCAAGUGAGGUUCGGAGUUUUCUCGGACUAGCUGGAUAUUAUAGGAGAUUCGUUGAAGAGUUCUCAAAAAUAGCCACACCGUUGACGAAUCUGACUCGAAAGCAACAAAAAUUUGCAUGGACAGAUAAAUGUGAUGAAAGCUUUCAGACAUUGAAAGAUAAACUCAUAACAGCACUCGUCCUGUGUGUUCCAACUAACAAAGACAAAUUUGUAGUAUAUUGCGACGCAUCAAAGCAAGGGCUCGGCUGUGUGUUGAUGCAAAAUGAGAAGGUGGUAGCCUAUGCCUCUAGGCAGAAAGAGCUCAACAUGAGACAGAGGCGGUGGUUGGAACUGGUAAAAGAUUACGAUUGUGAGAUACUGUACCAUCCUGGAAAGGCUAACGUAGUGGCGGAUGCACUUAGCAGACGCAACUAUGCAAGCUUAUCAAUGUUAAAGGCAUUAAAAGUGUCGUUGCAACAGGAAAUCGAGAGAUCUGGAAUAGAAUCAGUAACAGAUAGCUAA